UCCGCUCAUUUUUUUCCAGAAAGAAAAAAAAUAUAUAUAUUAUUUUUCUAAAUGAGGACCAUUCAGUGACUGACCACGAGAAGACUCCUUCCUUUUUUCUUUCUUCCUCUUUUCCUCCUUCCACUGGGUAGAGAUGGAGGGAUCCUCUACCUGAAUCAGCUCCUGCCUGCCCCUGCGAACUUUGAUCCUUUUUCACUUGAUUUAAGAAGUUAUUGCUGCUGAUGUUUUUAAUUUAUCCUCUUGUCACAAGCCCACCUAUUUUCUACUCUGGGCUGGAGGGGGCUUUGUUGGAACUUUUUUUUUUUUAAGACUGUUUUCUGCAGUGUGCCAGGGCAAAGGAAAUUCGCUUUUAAACGAAUGCUGAGGUCGACUUUCCUUUGGGGUUCAGAACAAGAUGCCUUGGAAAUACACGAUUGACAGGGGGUGUUACUGUGUGGGGGGGUGGGGGUAGGUGCAAGGGCCUCUGUCCCCAGCACCACUAGGAUGUAGGGAUUCUCUUCGCUUCGGAGGCUGCAGAUUAGCGGCAAUUAGAAGGACUCGGCGCCACAGUUAGUAUUGCUCGGUUGGUUCUGGAAUUAGCAAGUUGUCAUUCAAUUUGCUCUCACAAGUUGCAGGUUUUUGACUGCAGCGCUCAUCUUCAAAGUGGGAAACCAAGUCGUUUCUCCGGGCUUGGGCUGGAGGAGUGGCUAGGAGCAGGGGGACAGACGGACCGACUGACACGGGCAAGCUAACAGUGCAGCUGAAUGCGAUUUGGAAGGCGAGGUCUCCCCGAAUUAGUGCAUGCAUUUCCUAUCGAUCCGCUAGCGGUUCCAUUCAUCUCUGACAAGUCCCUCCGCGCACCCGCCCUCCAGCUCCCCACGCCUCCUCGCUCACCCCUACCCCUCCUCAUCUGGCUGCAGAGAAAAGCCCCAAGCUCAGCGCCCCUCGCCCCCAGUGAGCUCCCCAUUUCGAGGAGGAGCCCCCAGCCCGCCAGCCACUGAACUCCCCACACGGACGCCGGGUGCACGGGCUCCCUCUCGCCCUGGGGAGGAGCUGGAGCCCUUUGGAAGGCACAGAAUGCCGGGCAGAGGUGAGGCAGGACAGCAAGGGCUACAUCGGGAACCCCAACUUCGAGGGGAUGCGGGAUCGUGCUGCGCCCAGCGCGCCACCAGGCCUUCGGUCCACUCCUGCUCGCCCUUGCGCUCUCCGGCGCUCAGCGCCUCUCGGAUGUCGGAGAGCGCGGCGAGGAGGGGGUCGCCCCGCUGGAGCCCUAUGUAAAUCCCGGUGUUGGCUGGGUGGGGAGGGGGAAGCGAAGAAGGGGAAAUAAACCUCUUUGGCUGGAGUAGGGUCCGGGUGAGCAGAUUUCCUUAUCCGGGAAUCGCAGGCGGGGUGGCUAUUGGCUCGGAGGAUCACGUGGCCCCUAACUUUGUUCACUUGACAGUAAGUAGGAGGGCUUUCGGAACAGGAAAACGAGUCAGGGGUCGGAAUAAAUUUUAGUAUAUUUUGUGGGCAAUUCCCAGAAAUUAAUGGCUAUGAGUUCCUUUUUGAUCAACUCAAACUAUGUCGACCCCAAGUUCCCUCCGUGCGAGGAAUAUUCACAGGGCGAUUACCUACCCAGCGACCACUCGCCCGGGUACUACGCCGGCGGCCAGAGGCGAGAGAGCAGCUUCCAGCCGGAGGCGGGCUUCGGGCGCCCUCGGGCUCCCGCGCCGCCACCCGCCGGGGCCCUCCUCCCGGAGCCCGGCCAGCGCUGCGAGGCGGUCAGCAGCAGCCCCCCGCCGCCUCCCUGCGCCCAGAACCCCAUGCACCCCAGCCCGUCCCACUCCGCGUGCAAAGAGCCCGUCGUCUACCCAUGGAUGCGCAAAGUUCACGUGAGCACGGUAAACCCCAAUUACGCCGGCGGGGAGCCCAAGCGCUCGCGCACCGCCUACACCCGCCAGCAGGUCCUGGAGCUGGAGAAGGAAUUUCACUACAACCGCUACCUGACGCGGCGCCGGAGGGUGGAGAUCGCCCACGCGCUCUGCCUGUCCGAGCGCCAGAUCAAGAUCUGGUUCCAGAACCGGCGCAUGAAGUGGAAAAAAGACCACAAGUUGCCCAAUACCAAGAUCCGCUCGGGGGGCACCCCAGGCGCGGCCGGAGGGCCCCCUGGCCGGCCCAGCGGAGGUCCCCCCGCGCUCUAGUGCGCCCCCCAAGCUGGAGGCGCGGACCUGAGGGGCGGGGGAGGUCAGCGAGCGCGGACGGGGCACAGGGGGUGCGGGAGGGGGCCCGGGCCUGGGCCCCAACAGGCGACCUGCCCUCCAUCUAUCUAUGAAUAAACGCAGAGAAGGAGGGGUAGGGGAGCUUUAUUUAUAAAAAUGACAAUAGGGAGCCAGGCGAGGAGGCGCUCUCCCCCAGCAAGAUCCAGUCUCUUGCUUUCUUCCUUUAAAAAAAGAAAAGAAAAAGGGAGAAGGAAGAAAGAACAAGACAGAAAGAGAAAUAGGAGGAGGCUGCGGCUCCUCGUUUUCAGCUUCGGCGAAGAUGGAUCCACGUUUCAUCUUUAAUCACGCCAGGCCCGGCCCAUCUGUCUUGUUUACUCUGCCGAGGAGAGAGGAGAGGACGGCCUCGGCGGCGACCAUUACCUCGACACUCGCUAACAAAUGAGGCCCGGCCAGGCCGCCUCUGCUGCUGGCGCUGCUGGAAGACAGCCUGGAUUGUCUUCCUUUGUCCCCCUCCUGACACCCAGCGAAAGCACCCUGUGACUGCCAGAUAGCACCGUGUUGUGGCCACGGUAACACACACACCCACACACACACCCACACACACACGCACAGUGGCUCUUCCUCCUUGCCAGUCCACAGGGGACCACUGACUGCUCACCCCUUCUACCGUGGGGGUGGAGGGGGACAGAAGGAUGAGGACAAGUGGGAGGGGGGCGACCUUGACAGCGCAGUGUCCGGCAGGGCAGGGAAACUGAGUCCAAGGAUCAAAAGAGUGACCCAGACCCAUGCUUGGCAGGGUGAGGGGCCAGCUUGGGGUGGGGCUGGGCAUGACCCCCUGGCCAAUCCGGAGUUGUAUAGCAGAGACUUCUCUCUUAGACUGAACAUGAAUGUGAAACUAGGAAAUAAAAUGUGGCCCUGGGGCUCAGGGAGGCCGAUGUGAGGGUCCUCUCCCAUAGUUUAUCAUUGUUACGUUGUUUAUUAUUAUUAUUAUUAUUAAUAUUAUUAUUACUAUUAUUUUAUGUCAUGUGUGUCCUCUCGCCUGUUCUUUCUGACAUUCCAAGCCAGGUGCCUUCCUCUCUGAGUGGGAGGGACACCUGAGUCUAGAACCUUUCGUUGCGUGAAAAUUUGUGUCCUGUACAGAGUGACAAUAGAAAUAAAUGUUUGGUUUCUUGUGACCAUCAUCA